AUGAUUUCUUUGAUGCAAAACAGAGACCACAAGCAGCUAAACAUCAAGCUACCGUCCUUUGAUGAGCUGACAAAGACAUUUCCAGAACAAAAUGCGCAAGGAACAUCGACCGCAGAAGCUGCUCCACGACUGAUAGGGCCGGAACCCCAACAACAACAACGUGUGAUUAUGGAACAUCGUCGUCUUCCCAGUUUACAGACCGAGUUCUUUCCUGCUUUCCAGCAAAUGCAUCUUAGAAAUCCAUCAGAGAUGGGGUAUUUUGGCGUUUCUCCAGUGUCUGCGCCAGGGAGGCCUAGUCCUGUUGGCGUGAGCCCGAUGGGGACAUCUUCUGCGAGCUACCAGGUCCAACCUGUGGCCACGCCGUCUGCCGAGUUUGUUGUGCGCGAGCAGUUUCGGUUUCCGCCCCUUGAUCCAGCCCAAGAGUUUGCAGAAAGAGUCCGUGGGGUAGAGCGCAACCUUUCCUUUCUGAACCAGUUCCAUCGACGAAUCUCCGACAACCCGACCAUGGCGUACGUGAGCCAGGUUCCGGACCAGGAGCUGUUGCAUGCGAUCAACCACGCGAGCGAGAUUCGCGCAUUUUUGAUGUACUGCCAAAAUUUACGUCUUCCUCCCCGGACGAGCGACACGGACUCGAGCCAGAGGAGUCCGGGCGGCCAGAGGAGCCCAACACAGACGCGAACCGGGCCACCGCCAGAGAGGCGGAAGUCGCGAGUGCAGGUCCACCGUUCGUCGAAGUCCGAGCCGUCGAUCAGCGGCGAAGCUGCCCUGCUAAAAGUGCACCCGCCAAAACCGUUAAUUUUUUCCGAAACCGACUCUGAACAAUUACCAAAAUUUGUUCCGCAAGGAACGUUGCAGCAGGAUUUGAGUAUCCGGCCCCGCACGCGCUGUCUGCACUGCGGGUCGCUGAACACGCCGGAAUGGCGCAAGGGCCCCAACGGGACCCGCACGCUGUGCAACGCGUGCGGCCUGUUCCACUCCAAGCUCGUCAAGAAACGGGGCGUGGAGGAGGCCGAAACCAUCAUGAAGCGGCGGCGAGAAACUGGGAAAUCCACAGACCGCAGAAUCAAUGAAUAA